AUGGCGACGUGGUACUCACCUGCAGCGGAGCACGUGCACAUGGGGGUGGCCUACAUGGGCAGCACAGUGUUCACCAACAACAGAACCACAGACAGCGAGCGUCACGGCGAGCAGCGGGACGGUCUGGUGAACGAGCUGGUGUCACAUCUUCCUCUCCAGAUGCUCCUCUACUUCGACAUGUUCUACUUCCCGUGUUGGUGGAUCUCUGCGGUUUUCAUGUUGAACGUCAAGUUUGAGUUUCUUCCGGGUUAUUACCAGUGGCUGCUCGUCACUGGGAUCGUGCUCCUCACCGUCGUGGAGGUGCUCAGAGUUUAUCUGGGCUACACCGGGAACCUGAAGGAAAAGGUCCCGGAGUUGGCGGCGUUCUGGGUGGUGUCUUUAACCUUCCCCGUCCCCGUGCUGCUCUUCUUCCUCACUGAUGAAGACGCUCUGAUCCUGCCGUUGGAGCGGGCCGUCCACUCUCUGUUUCUGUGUUUGGUGAUGGCGGAGCUGGUGGCGUCCUUCUUGGCCCUUCGCACCAUGACCCGUAAACUCCUCCUGCUCUUCCACCUCCGUCAGCUCGGGCGGGCGGAGCGUCUGAGCCCCGUGUACGGCCUGACGCUGCCCUACCACCGGGGGGCGCUCGCCGUGACCCCGGUGCACCACAUGUACCGCUAG